AUGAUAAUUAAAUAUGACAGAGCAGCCAAAGAAAAAGUUCAUAGAGAAAUAUAUUUAGAAAAGCUACAAAUUGUGUCUCAAGACAAUAAUAAAUUUUCUUAUUAUUCAAAUGUCACUGAAAUAGAACAAAAUGGAAAACAACAUUGGGAUAAAUUGGCAAAAUCGAUAAGAAAAGUUAAUGACACACCAUUAACUACUGAUGAUGAAAUCAUAGCAAAAUUAGCAAAGUCAAGAGAAACCGAGAAUCAAAAUGCACCUGUUGGUAUAUUGAUUGAUUUUGAAGACGAAGUGCCCCCGCCAAGUUCAGAACAUCAUCAGUGGUGGACUGUCCCAAUCGUUGGAACACACACAACAGCUUUAUCACCAGUUAAAAUUGAUAAAAGUACAAUUAAUCACGAUUUUCGGAAGUAUUCAAAUAAUCCAUUUUAUGACACAUUGGUAAACCCAAUGAUGACAGACUUUUCUGAACAACCACUUGUAUCUUUACCAUCUACAAAAUCAACAAUUCAAGAAUUUAACAAGCCAAAAAAAAAAAUAAACCCAUUUUUUGAGAUUGAUUAUGAACUUGACGAUGAUAAAACCAAUAAUAAUGAUCAAUUAAUCGAUAUUCCGUUUGAUUCAUCGGAACAAUCAAAACCGGAAGUCAAUUCACACAAUGAUUGGAUUCCAUUAAUUCCAACUAAAAUCAAUCGUGGUGAUGAUAGUAAUUAA